CACCCAAAGUCAACGACAAUGCCAAAAAGAAAGCGUGAUUCGACGCCAUUACCAAGAAGGCGCACCAAGCGCAACGAUGGCGCCCAGACCAGUCAAGGAGAUGGUCAAACUGAAACCAGUGGAAGCAUGGGACAGCCGUCCUUUAGCUUAUCUAAUGAGCAGUUGCAGCAGGUGUCAGAAGCUGUAGCAAACAUCCUAAGCAAGCAGAGUGGGACAAACCCCCCAAUGCCCAUAGAGCCACUGGAAACCCCCAUGGCCACACGGGAACAGAGUCAAGACAAUAUAAAGAAUUAAUCCAUAUCCACAGCAAGGUCCCGUCCUAACCGUCACGGCUGUAAUCACAUUUUUCCUGGAGGAACACAUUGCCCAAGCGGAUAUUUGGCUCACCAGUAGUGCCUAACCUUGAUUCUUAAUAUAUGACUUGGUGCACAAUUGAUUGAAUUUUGCAAUUAUUGUCCAAGCAGGCGAGCAUCUGUUCCCAGGGCUCUCCAUUAUGCUUGUUUUAUUUGUGGGGACGCCACCAAGGCAAGAAUUGAUGCUGGGCUCCCUUAUUUGUUUUAAUGCAGCCGUGGCCUAUAUCGCCAAAUAAAUAUAAAUAAUUAAAUAGAAGCUUUUUGUUAUCUUUGGUAUAAAGGCCCAAGGUAAGG